CAGAAUCUCUCACCACCACCAUCUCAUCCUUUCUUCCCAAGUCUUUCUACUUAGGAUUACCCUUUAUUCCUUUGUUACACCGCCAUUCCUCGAAAUAUUCUCUUAACUUUUAUAACUCUGAUACUGCACUAUUCAUCACUAUGAAAGCCUCAGCUGCUCACCUCCUUCCCCCUUACUGAGUGUCACUCAAGUUCAGGCGACAUGUGUCCCAGGAACUCGUGAGAUGAUUAGUCCUGGCUACGUCGUCGAGUACAAAUGUAACUGGCUACGCAUCGGAAAGAGCCACAGUGGUAUCGACUCUCCCGCAGAGUGUACCGCCCUCGCCAGAGACGCUGGGGAGGGUGGUACAGAGAAGCCAAACGAUGAUGCCUACUAUAUGGUCAAGGUCGAGGAAGACGUAGAAGAUCCCUUCAAGGAGGAUAAGGAUGAAGAAGAAGACCCCUUUGCUAUGACUUGUGAUGAAGAGAAAGACGCCUGUCUUGAGCAAGAGACUGCUUUGAAGGCCGAGCCGGCCGCUAGCAAAGCAGAGUGCGAUAGCAUUCUGGCUGACUCUGCUCUUCUCAAAGACUUCCAACAGUCUAGUUGCACUGGCCAGCAUUCAAAGUACAGUACGGUGGCAGGAACCAGGUACCGCUUCUGGUGCGGAAGAUUCCAUGGCCCUUCUAGCCAACGGGAAACGCACUAUGUUGCCACGAUGGAGGCUUGCGUCAAGCGUUGCGCCUCCAAGCCUUGGUGUACCAUGGUCCUCCACGGAAUCUUCCGGCAAGAGUGCCAGCUUUAUGAUCGUAAGGGUUCGAAUCGACGUAACUCCUCCUCAGCAUGGACCCCACUGGAACUGUGCUGUCAAUGA